UCGAAAAGAAUGCUGCUUCCUUUGAAUUUAUCCAUCAUAUGUUGGUGUCACUUUAGGACGGGGAAAAGAGCCAAGAGAGAGCCCGAGCCACUUCCUAAAGAUGGGAUUGACCCACUAACUGUUGAGAGCAAGAGCGCCGCCACGGUGGUCCUUAUGCUCCGCUCGCCAGAGGCAGCAGUCCUGGUCAGAGCUUGCGAGGCCAUUUUCAGAUUCGCAGAGAAAGGUGAUGAGAACAGGAGCUCUCUAGUGGGUUUAGGGGCGGUGGAGCCCCUCACACGCCUUAUAUCUCACGAAGAUAAGACCGUGCGUAAAAACGCGUUUAUGGCUUUGGGAGUCAUGGCUUCUAACAUUGAUGUCAAAAGACUUAUGAAGAAACUGAAUGUAAUACCCUCACUCAUCAACAAACUGUCACCAGAAGAGGAUGUUGUGGUCCAUGAAUAUGCCACUUUGUGUUUGGUGUCUCUGUCCGUGGACUUCACAUGCAAGAUUCAGAUCUAUGAUCAUGAAGGCCUGGAGCCUCUUCUGCAUCUUCUAUCUAGCCCCGAUCCCGAUGUGCAGAAAAACUCAGUGGAAUGCAUCUGUAAUCUUGUUAAGGACUUCUCCAGUCGAGUGGGUGUGCGCGAGCUCAAUGGGCUCCAUCUGCUACUACAGCUAUUGCGCUCAGAGUUCCCCAUGAUACAGCAACUUGCUUUGCACACUCUGGAGAGUGUCACCACAGACCGUGACACACGAGCAGCCUUCAGAGCAGAGCAGGGCUUCAACAUUCUCUUGGAGUUCCUCACCACCAAGGAAUUCAGUGACCUGCACGCAGAGGCUCUGGCGGUCGUCUCCAAUUGCCUGGAAGACGUGGAGUCCCUGCAGCUCCUUCAGGGCACAGGGGAGCUGGAGAAGCUGCUGCAUUUUGUCAUGACAGCCAGCAUGCCUGAUGUGCAGGCCAGUGCGGUCCAGGCCAUUAGCAGACUGGCACAGAGCAGUGAGAACAGAAAGAUCCUGCAUGACCAAGAUGUUGAAAAGGCCCUUGUGGACUUGCUGGCAGUGGAGAAUGAUGGUGUACGCAUCGCUACGUGCCAGGCGGUGGCAGCAGUGAGUCAGCUCCUGGCCUGCAAAGACACCUUCCGACAUCUUGAUGGAAUCCGGCCGAUUGUGCGUCUGCUGAGCUGCGAAGGAGGGGCGGUGAGAGAAGCUGCCGCACACGCUCUGUCCAGCCUCACCGACGGCAACCAGCUGAACGCGUACGCGGUGGACGAGGCAGAAGGAGCUGAGCUGGCGGUGCAACUCCUGCAGGAUGGCUGUCCGGGUACUGUCCAGCACGCGGCUGCCGUGCUGACCCACAUGGCCUCUCAGGGGCCUGUGCGCAGUGGAAUCCUCGCCCGCGGGGCCAUGCGGGUCCUGACCGAGCUGCUGAACUCAACCCACGACCGUUUGCUCACUAGUGCCACCCGGGCCGUGGCUGAGCUGGCUUGCGACGCAGAGGGCAGAGCUGAGCUGAAGAAUGUAGGAGGCCUGGCUCCACUGAUCACCCUGCUGAAGUCCAAUCACACAGACGUCCGGCGCAAUGCCUGCUGGGCAGUCAGUGUAUGCGCUAACGACGAACCAACUGCCACAGAGAUGUGCAGAUUAGGAGCACUAGAGGUCCUACAGGAGAUCAAUAACUCAGUGAGCCGCAAGAACAAGUCCAGUGAGCUAGCGCUUCAGAGACUGCUGGACAGCAACCUCUCGGUGAAGUACAGCCUGACAGGACGCCUCUGCUCCACCGAUAUCACUGCUGAUGGCUUCUACGACCUUGGACAGGCCAAAGUGGGCUGUGGGGUACCUGCCCUAGAAGACCUAGCGAAGCAGGCUGUCAACCAGCAUCGAGCCGUCAUUGUAGUUAAUGGAAAACCACUAGACCAGGAGGCUGUUGAGUCAGCAGAGGACAGGCAGCAGGAUGUCCCCACUGAGACCCGAAGCUCCUCCGUGACAAGCAGCAAGGGGAGCAGCAGAACACAGAGUAAAGUGAAAGGCCAAGGCCGGCGGGACGACGAUAAGCAGAGGGAUGAGGAAGAGCGUAAAACGCAGCAGGACUCUCGGGUGGAGAAGUCUUGGACUGUGCCCUAUGACCCUGCAUUUCACAGCCUGGUCAGGGAGGCAGCAAGCACCAUCCUGCCCCUGCACGACCAGGCGGAGAGCUACGCUGCCUUGGCUAAACUAGUGUGUGUUGCUAUGGGGGGUCCAACAGACUUUAUGAAGCAACAUGACUUUCACUGGGAGCUCCACAUCAGUGAGCUGAAGUUUGAAGUUCAGUCCAACAUCAUUCCCAUUGGGAAAGUGAAAAAGGGAACAUACUACCACCGAGCUCUGCUCUACAAGGCUCUGGCCGACAGAAUCGGGGUGUGCUGCAGCCUGGUGAGGGGGAGCUACAGUCGUGCCUGGAACGAGGUUGUUCUCACAGACACGCCCACAGACACGCCCACAGACACGCCCAUAUUCUACCCCAAACCAAAGAGUUAUAUUGUAGACCUCAUGCACAAUCCAGGAAGUCUAUUGAAGUGUGGGACUCCGGCUGCUGUACAAUACCAGAUGAUUUAAAACACACCCAAACAAACCUGAGGAAACUCCUGAAUGGAAGAAUCUAACAGCAGAGUUGCUGUUCCUUUUUUGUCUAUACACAUUUAAAUAAUAAAUACAUGUCAAAAUUA